CUCACUGUCCUUUGGCUGCAGACGCACAAGACCGGGAACAGCUUCAGAUACGACAUCCACUACUGGCUAGGCCGGGAGUCGUCGCAGGACGAGCAGGGGGCGGCUGCCAUCUACACCACGCAGAUAGACGAAAACCUGGGCGGGGUGGCCGUGCAGCACCGCGAGGCCCAGGGCAACGAGAGCAACGUCUUCAAGGGCUACUUCAAACAGGGGCUCGUCUAUAAGAAGGGAGGCGUCGCCUCGGGAAUGAAGCACGUGGAGACCAACACGUACAAUGUGCAACGGCUGCUGCACGUGAAGGGCAAGAAGAACGUGGUGGCUGGAGAGGGCAUCAACCUGGCCAAGGACAUCCGGGACCGUGAGCGGGGCGGGCGUGCCCAGGUGGCUGUGGUAGAUGGCGAGGACGAGGCAUCCACACCGGAGCUGACGAAGAUUCUCACCCAUGUGCUGGGGGAACGGAGGGAGAUCAAGCCAGCCAUUCCCGACACCGUGGUGGACCAGAAGCUGCAAACCAUUCUCAAGCUCUACCAUGUCUCCGAUGCUGAGGGGAACCUGGUGAUCCAAGAGGUCGCCACUCGCCCCCUGACCCAAGAUCUGCUGCAGCACGAGGACUGCUACAUUCUCGACCAGGGUGGCCUGACCAUCUACGUCUGGAAAGGCAGGAAGUCCACCAAGGAGGAGAAGCAGCAGGCCAUGAGCAGAGCCCUG